UCCCCGCCCCGCGCCACUCGCGGCGCGAUGUGGCCGCGCUGGGCGCUGCUCGUGGGGCUGCUCCGGACCGCGGGCGGCCGGGAACAUUCAUUGCCUUAUACACCACAGUUUGCACAGUGCAAAGAUCCCAGCACUGAAUUCUAUGUUGAAGAACUUAAUAAGUGUUGCAGCCAGUGCCCUCCAGGUCAGUACAAGACAGAGAGCUGCACUCACACCGUGGACACCAAGUGCAGGCCCUGCAGACCCAACACUUACACAGCCAUCUGGAAUUGGUCUCCACAGUGCUUUGCCUGCUCCCCACCCUGCAGGAAAGGGCUUGUGGAGAACCAAACAUGCACUCGGUCCCAGGACAGGAUCUGCAGCUGCCCACCCCACAAGUACUGCCUUUCCAAAAUACAGGAGUACUGCAGAGCAUGCAGAGUGCACAAGAAAUGUGGCAAAGGGUACCGAGUUUCCAGAAGAGGGACAGACAGCACAGACACAGAGUGCAAACCUUGUCCUCCUGGCACUUUCUCCCCUGAGGAAUCCUACGACACCAGCUGUACCCCCCACACAGUCUGUAAAGCAGUGGCUGUUCCUGGGAACAGCAGGAAUGACACUGUUUGCAGCGACUCAGGAACAGCCACGGUUCUGCCUCACACCAUCCUGAACCUGCUCCUGACCCAAAGCUCAGCUCCCCACAGACCUGAAAUAAUCACUCGACCCACCAUGGUAAACCCUGUGCCUGACCUGUCUGCCACCAUUGGAGCAGUAGCAGGACCAUUGUUACUGGUCCUGAUAAUUGCUGUUUUGGGUUAUUGCUUAGUCACUAACAAAAAAGCCCCUCUGUUCUCUGCACCAGCUACAGAGGCAGAUUUGCCUUUUCCCCUCCCGGAAAAACGGUGUGACAAAAAAGUGAGAGACACAGGAUUGCAGAACUGCAGCAGCUCUGAACAGGAGCAGCAGCAUCUCUUGGGAACUUCUGGGUCCAGCAGUGGCAACCUGAAUAAUCCAACUGCAAGAAUCAGUGUAGAAAGUGAAAAGAAUGAUGAAAAGAGAAAACCAGAAGGAUUUCAGCAGCGACAUCCACCUGCAGCAGGUUCUAAACUCCACACUGGAGACAGACACAGCUCUGUGAGUUCAGAACAUUCUGGUAAUGGAGGAAGGCAGGUGAAUGUGACCUGUAUUGUCAAAGUCUGUAGCCCAGACUGCAGUUCCCAGUGCCCAGAGCAGAUGGAUUAUGGAAACACUCCCUGUUAUUCCCCAGCAGGGGAGGAAACUCCCCUUUCAAAAGAAGAAAAUCCCUCGAAAAGUGAAACUGAAGUUCCCAUCUCGGUGGAAAAUGAGGACCAUUUACUUCAAGACUUACUUCCAGAAGAAAAGAAGGUUCCUCUGGGUAUUCAAGAUGCUGGGAUGAAAACCAGUUAAAGGAAAUUACAGAUCAUACACUGACAGACUGAUAAAAUUAACCAUUUUCUAAUGUCUUCUAAAACAAAUGUUAUGGCAAAUGUAGCAUUCCUCCAGAGACUUGAAAUCUCAGACAAAUAUAGACACUGAUGCUUUAGCAGUUUUUAAGCUUUGAGAGCUGAAGGAAGAUCUUUGCAGUUUAAAAAUCUGAAUGCUUUUUCUUUUAAACUGAA